AUUGGACGAAUAAUUUUUAGUGUAUCUAACAGCAAUCGGUUAUUCGUGGAUGCAUCAAAUUCCACUUUUUGUAGAUCCGUUGAGAUAAAGUUAUCGCGAACAUAUUAAUUUGCUACGGUUCUACGUAAAUUUCGUGUAAUGUGAUACAUUCCGCUUUUUAGCCUGUGUCUUUAACAGUUCAAGCAAUACUGUACCAUUGCUCUAAUCGACGUUGACGUUGUAACAACAAUGUCAUUAUUCAACAAACCGAAGCGAAAUAUACGCCGACGUCCUUUCAACGAUGAGGAUGAAGAUAAUGAGAACAGAAUGGAAACGGAGGACGCGCAGCCUAUGAAAAUUAAGACGAAGAAGAAGGAUAAACCAAAGCAGACGCUCCUCAGUUUCGGAGAGGAGCUGGAACAAGGGGACGAUGGAGAGGUUUUUAUAGUCAAGAAAUCGUCAAGGAGCAAAAAACUGAUGAAACAACUAGAUCACGAAAGGAGAAAAAAGAAAGGUGAAGAGAAAAUGCAAGUGGACACUGAGCAAGCGAAUAAAUCCAUUAAGCAGGAAAAAGAUUUAGAAAUAAAGACAGAUGAUCUAGUAGUUAAAAUAAAAAACACAGGACCCCUGAUUUUAAAUGGACGGGCUGCAUUGGCAGCAGGAAAGGAUGACUAUACAUCGGGUGAAGAGGAAGAUGAACCUUGCAGUCACAAAUUUAGGAAAAAUACAGAUAAAGCCGAAACUAUGAAAAUACUUCUUGAAAGUGGAUGUAUACCUGAUGCUGCUAUGAUCCAUGCAGCGAGAAAACGUAGACAAAAAGCGCGAGAAUUAGGAACCGAUUACAUUCCUAUUGAGGAACAAAGCGAUGACAAAGGCAAGUCAAGAUUAAUACGAGAAGAAGAUCAUGAUCGAAGUGACGAUGAUGAUUCUCAAGAUCGACUUGAUAUGACUAUCAAUACAGAAGCACGUGAUAAAGAAAAAAGGAGAGAAGCGUUUCUUGCUUCUCAAGUCCCAAUGAAAUUUUCAGACAAUGAAAGUGAGCACGAAAAUGAAGAAGAAGAAUGGGAAGCUCAACAAAUACGAAAGGGUGUAACUGGUGCUCAGGUAAAGGCGAAAUGCAGUAAUAAGUUAAAAUUGGAGAAAAUCUUUCGUGGUUUGCAGAUUGUAGCGGCACAGCAAGAUUCUAUGUUACAACAACAAUACACAAUGGGUAUGAAUGUUAAUCAGAUGAUGGGAUCUAAUGUACCUUUAGAAAUGGUAUUAAUGCCUGCGCCGCCGCCGCCACCGUCCAUUCAACCACCAGAUCCAACAAAAAUCGUGCCUGUUACACCACAGGAAGUUGUAAAGAAAAUGCGUGCAAGGUUGGACAGUUUGAAAGAGGUACAUAGACGGCAUCAGCAAGAUCAGGAGCGUUUAGAGCAAGAAUUACGACAAACGAUGAAAGAGUUGGACGAGGGUGAAAUCCGCACGCCGCAUUACGCACAACGCUUCAGAUAUUACCAAGAGUUGCGUGGGUAUGUCACUGACUUGGUAGAGUGUCUUGAUGAGAAGCUUCCCCUGGUUAUCGAGUUGGAGCAACGCUGGUUAAUUCUAUAUGGUGAACGAUCAACCGAAUUGAUGGAACGGAGACGGCAAGAUACGAGGGAUCAAGCGGAAGAAAUAACCACUGCAGCAAGAGGCCAAGCUAUGAGAAGAGGACCGGAAGUAGAAACUCAUGUACGACGAGCUACCGAAAGGGAAGGUAGGAGAGCCCGUCGCAGAAGAGCGAGAGAAUUAGCCUCGAAUAUGCCGAAGCAUAUCGAUGGCAUGUCCAGUGACGAUGAAGUCACCGAACAACAAAAUCUUGCAUUUAAGCAAGCUAAAGAUGAAAUUGACAAUGAUUGUAAAGAAAUAUUUUCUGAUGUCAUGGAGGAAUACUGUACAGUACGUGGUAUUCUUUCCAAGUUCGAAUCAUGGAGAGAAACGGACAUAGAUGCCUACACAGAGGCCUAUGUUUCAUUGUGUUUACCCAAGAUUAUUUCGCCGAUUGUCAGAUUACAAUUAGUUACUUGGAAUCCAAUAAUGGAAAGUGCUGACAUAGAAAGGACAAAGUGGUACAAUACAUUGCUUUUAUAUGCCAUAGACAGUAAAGAGACGGAGGAAUCGUUGAAACGGGAUCCAGAUGUUAGAUUAGUCCCAUCAACGAUUGAAAAAGUCGUGAUACCAAAAUUAACAUCUAUUAUUGAGAAAAUUUGGGAUCCAAUGUCGACAUCCCAAACGCUACGUCUUGUGGGAACUAUAAACCGCCUGAUCAAGGAAUAUCCGAAUUUAAAUGAUACGAGCAAACAAUUAGAAACGUUAUUCAAUGCAAUUUUAGAUAAAAUUAAAGCUGCUGUUGAGAAUGAUGUUUUCAUACCUAUUUUUCCAAAACAAGUUUGGGAUACGAAGCAUCAAUUUUUUCAACGACAAUUUGCGAUGGCUGUCAAGUUGCUACGCAAUUUAUUAAGUUGGCAAGGUCUUCUCGGGGAUGUGCAGUUGAAAAACUUGGCACUAGGCUCGCUUUUGAAUCGUUAUUUACUUGCUGGAUUACGAGUUUCUUGUCCGACUGAGGCUUUGUUUAAAGCAAACAUGAUCAUGAGUACACUACCAAGAGCUUGGCUACAAGGUGAAACUAUAGAACAUCUCAGAAUGUUUGCCACCCUCAUUCAACAGCUUAGUGAACAAUUGGAUCAAGCUAAUCCUGCACAUAACGAAGCCUGGGAAUAUGCCAAAUCCAUUCUGAAAAUAAUCAAGCCAUCAUAAUGUGUUGAUUAUGUAUCAGUAAUACUUUAUCAAACUUUUUGCUUCAGUACUCCAUAUGCUUAUUGAUAGUUUUAUACAUAUAACACCGCAAGAAGUCCUGUACAUGAUACAAUCAUUUGUCAGAUGUAUAAUAUAUCAAGAAACACAAUUUUGUAUAGUCAUAAAGUAAAUAAGACACUUCACGGCAUGACACACCUUCCAGAUACGAAUGUAUAUAACAGGCAAAUGAAAAAUAAAAAUGUAAAUAGUAUACUUGAGUGGCUGAGUUUUGUCUUUAAGAAAUUACAGAGAUAAUAAAAAUUACGAAAAAUA